GCAGGCGAAAGUGAGCUCAGUUGGCAAUUGUCACCGAGCGGACAACACACGCAAUAGAUCGCGAUCAUGUGGUGGAGGCGGCAGCUAGCAUCAGUCAAAUUGCUGGGACGCUGCUUUAGCGCAGCGGCGAGCGGGGAACAAACCCGGCUGGGCAUCAUCGGUGUGCCCUUUGCCAAGGGUCAGGGCAAACAGGGCGUGGAGCUGGCGCCCGAUCUGCUGCGAGAGAGCAACCUGCGCCAGGUGCUGCAGAGCAGCGACGAGCGCCUGCUCAUCACCGAUUAUGGGAAUUUGCACUACGCCGUCGACGAGACGCUGCUGCAGCAGCAGCGCCAGCAUUAUUACCACAUCCGCAACUAUGCUGACUUUAUGGCCUGCAAUUUGGCGUUGAUCGAGCAGGUGCAGGUGAUGCUGCAGCAGAACGCACAAUUUCUGACAAUUGGCGGCGAUCAUGCCAUCGGCUUCGGUUCCGUGGCGGGUCAUUUGCAGCACACGCCGAAUCUGUCGCUGGUCUGGAUCGAUGCGCAUGCGGAUAUCAAUUUGCAUAACACCUCGCAGUCGGGCAACAUACAUGGCAUGCCCGUUUCAUUCCUGCUGCGAGAGCUGCGCAACACCUGGCAGCACGCGGCCCUCGACAAGGUGGCGCCCAAUUGUUUGUCGAAGGAUCAAUUGGUUUACAUUGGCUUGAGGGACAUUGACCCCUACGAGGCGUUCAUAUUGAAUAAAUUUGGAAUACGCUACUAUGCCAUGGAUUCGAUCGAUCGCAUGGGCGUGCCCAAGGUCAUUGAGAUGACGCUGGACGCACUCGACACGCAAAACAAGAUCCAUGUGAGCUUCGACAUCGAUGCGCUGGACAGCAAUGUGGCGCCGUGCACGGGCACCGCCGUCCGGGCCGGCCUAACGCUGCGCGAGGGCAUCAGCAUUGUGGAGGCGCUGCGCGACACCAAGCGUGUCCAGGGCAUGGACAUUGUGGAGAUCAAUCCGAAGCUGGGCACCCCGCAGGAUGUGCGCACCACAGUCGACUCGGCCCUCGAGAUACUGAAGAGCAUGUUCGGCUACCGGCGCUCGGGUGCGCGGCAUUACAGCAACCUGGACACGGGCAUACUGGGGCACGAGCAGUAAACCACGUUCUAUACAUAUAUCGAUAUAUAUUAUUAAAUAUAUAUGUAUGUACGUGUUAUGUUUUUAAUAAUAUACAUAUAUAUAUAUAUAACAUGUGUUUUUUAAGUAUGUACAACUGUAAAAAUUCACUUUUGCUGCUUAAUCUUAUGAGACAAUAAAUUUGUGGCAUUGUA